AUGAUGCCUAACAACUAGUACUAAAGUCCAUAAAGUUCUUAAUUGCCUGUACAAAGUUACAAGUUCUUGGAAGUUGUGCGAGAAGAGGAGGCUGAAGAUGAGAAACCAACCCAUAUAUUUAGCGAGAAUCUAACGGAAAGCCAAACAAGAAUGCUUACUGCUUACACAACCCCAAUGAAGAACAUAAAACGGAAUGGAGGCAAUUCGUCAUCUUCUGGAAGGAGUCCCUUUUAAGAACUCUAAAAGUCAAGUUCCAAUUAGGUAUUUCAAAUUACAAAAUGUUUAGAAAAUAUUAACCACUGUAACACCGAACAAGAAUUCAGUUUUGAAGUUCAGAUGACAUUUUUUUUUAAUUUGCAUUUCCCCUUAUAAAAAUGCAUUUUUGUAAUAAUGACUCCUUUCUCCUUAUAUCUAUUAAUAAUAUAAACUUUUUCAUUUAAUAAUGUUUAAUUUAGCUUUCAAGAGGAUACCAUUGAAAUUACAAAGUAUCUGAAUAUGGAAGAAAUGUUGACUCAUGGAGUAUGUAAAAUUUAUCAUCAAAUACAAGUUAUCUUAACAAAAAUUGAUUUAUUCAUCACUUAGAGGCUUGUGAUUGCCAAAAAAUCUUUAAUAGGGAUUUAGAAGGCCAAGUUAUCUAACAUUACUAUAUUUGCCGUUUUCUUUAUUUUGAUUUAUUGA